UGCUUCUCACUCCAUCAGGCUGAGAGGGCGGGCAGAAAACCUCCAGAUGAAAGUUCACUUUAAAUCUGAACCGUCUGCUGUUGUCGUUCUGCCUGGCAGGUCAGCAGCUCCUCUGGUGACAGCAGCAGCUGUUGAACCGGGGACACGGACAGACCCGAGUGGACAGACACUUCUGAGACAGACAGCAACAACAUGCGGAGCUCGUGAGCCCGUCCCUCCUAUCAGCUCAAAACGGUCAUUUUUGUGGUCCGGACAUGAGAGAGCUGAUGUCUCCGCUGCAGCUGGCCGUCUACUGGCGGCUUUCUCUCGUCUUCUUCUUCACUUCUUUCCUCUUCUUUCUCGACAUUUUCACGGCCGUCGUGGUAACCGCCACUUGUCACCAAGGCAACGAAACCAGCGUCGACGCUUUGCGUGGAACCGCGUUACCGAACGCGGAGAGCAACCAAUCACAGCCCGAGGAAGAUGAAUCCGAUUGGACGACGGAGAGCGGGAACCGAGACGUGAUGUGUGGUUGGACAGACUGGUUGUCCUACAGUCAGACUCUCUACAUGGUGGGGAUGCUGCUGGGAUCUCUGAUUGGAGGAGCGAUUUCUGACCGGUACGGGAAGCGUCCUGUGCUGCUGGUGUGUGUGUGCGUGCACGCUGUCUGCGGCCUGGUGCCCGCCGCCCUCCCUCAGCCGCUCCUCUUCCUCGCAGUCCGCUGCCUGACGGGCGUCUGCUGCUGCUGCAUCAACAUCUGCUCCUUCAGUCUGGCGGUGGAGUGGACGUGUCCUGCCGCUCGUCUCUGGCCGCCCGCCUUCUUGCCUUUCUGCUUCAGUCUGGGGACGAUGGGCGGAGCUCCGCUGGCCUGGCUCAGCCCCACCUGGAGACACCUGCACCUGUCGCUGGGUCUGCCUCAGCUCAUCUGUCUGCCGCUCUACCUGUGUUUCUGUCUGUCUGUCAGUUCAAUCCCAGAGUCUCCCCGCUGGCUGUCGCUGAGGAGGAGGACGGAUGUUCUGGACCGUUACCGUAGCAACAGCCCCGCGGAUAAACACUGUCUGGACCUGCUGCUGGACUCUACCUGGUCUGACUUGCAGAAGGUCACCGAGGCUCAGAAGGAGCCUCCUCGUGGAGGCCACGCCCCCAGUGAACUCAUCCACCUCAGGCACCCGACCGUCCUGCUGCGGCUGUUCAUCAUGAGCUACCUGAGUGCGGCCUCAGCGCUGACGUACUUUGGCAUCUGUAUGAACAUCGGCUCGUUUGGUGUCGGCGUCUACUCCGCCCAGUUCUUCUCCGGCCUAUCAGAGGCGCCCUGUCUGCUCAUCCCAUUGGUUCGCCUGGGACGCCGGCCGCUAAGCAUGCUCGCUCUGUUCCUGAGCGGAGCGGCCUGCUUCCUGUCGUUACUGCUGUCCAGAUACCACGGUGAGCCGGUGCUGGUCAUGAGUCUGGCUCUGCUGGGGAAACUCUGCAUCCUGGCGGCCAUCUUCAUCUCCAUCCUGUACAGCAUCGAGCUGUUCCCGACUGUGGUCAGACAGCGCUGCGUGUCCAUGGUCAACUUGUGUUUCCGGAUCGGCUGUCUGGUCAACUCCCUCGUCCCCCACAACCCAAACGGAGCCAUCUCAUUGGCCGCCAUGGUUGUAUACAGCAGUGGACCGGUCAUAGGCUGCGGGCUGUGCCUGCUGCUGCCGGAGACCAGUGGUGUCCCACUUCCUGAUUCGGUCGAGGACUGUGAAAGGCAGCCUCGGCCCGACUCACACGGCGUCGCUGCCCUCUGGAGGACACGGAAGCUGGUCAGCAGCCAAAGCAGGAAAACACCGACCCCCCCUGUGGAGAAAGACGACACACACACAGGACUGAUGUGAACACACUGAGCAGCUUUCACGUUGGUGUGCAGAGUGGAAGGCGAACGCCGCGAGCUCAGAUCACACGAAGAAGAAGAAGAAGAGCGAGCAUUCAGACUGAUAAUGUGACAGGAAGUGUGUUUCUCUUCUCAUGUUGUUGUUUUUGUUGUCACUGAAAAUAAACUGGAGUAUUCCUGCACUUUACUGAGAACUACCACAGUGUAAAUACUGCAGUACAAGACGUACUGCAGUACAUUGCUGUUCCAGUGAAAGUCGGCUGGUUGACUGUACUUUGAUGGUUGAGUAAAUGUACUGAGUUACUUUGACCCGCUGGUGCGUCAGCGAGAUGAAAUACUUUUCAAUAAAGUCUUAUUACAACCUG